AUAAUUUUCUUUCUUAAGCUAUUGCGUGCACUUGUUAUUUUAGUGGUAUAGGAAUAGUGUUUGUUCAAGGCUUUCUUGGUAAAAGGUGUUGAACUGCAUGUGAAAUGAAUAAAAGCCACAAAGCCUUCUAAGUUCUUCUAUCUACUUUUUGUGCUUUUAGUAUUUUGUCUGUCCAGUUGACAAUUAUUAGUAUGUCUAUCUCAAAGCAGUCAUUUCCCUUUCCAGUGUAAUUGAUCGCUGUCUGACCUGAAAUGUAUGGGACUAAUCCUGGUCAGAAGGACCUCCCUGUCAUGGGGGUUUUCCUAGGAGGUUGGUGUCAGGAAGUUCAGUAGCACACGUGUUCCUCCUUCAUACUUUUCACCACAUACUCUUAAAAACUGUUCUAGAUCUCUCUCUCUCUCUCUAACGUGUGAUUUGAAAGGGUGUGUGUGUGUGUGUGUGUGUGUGUGGUAGCCCUGUGAUUGGGAACACACAAUAAUUGUAACCAAUAAGCAGCACUUCAGGGUCCAUCUAAAACAGGGAUGAAUAGCCUUGUGGUAAAGACCUUUGGUUCUCUUCUAUAUAUAUAGCCUGUCUUGUACUGGCUUUGCAGUUUUAAGAGUAAUAAUGAUGACAAUAAAGGGGAUAUUCCUUGGCUGUUUCAUGAUUUAGGGUCCCAGGGAUUCAAAGUUUGAUUUCAGUGUGUUCUCCUCAGCAGAUUAUUAGUUACAAUAACCAGCAUAGUGCAUUUGUUGAGUCCUCGCUCUGUCGGGCGCUCAUUAUUCAGAUGAAUGCUGUGCCACAAGCAGGCUGUGGCCCUGAAGGCUGUGUUAGGUCUGGGGGACGGGGGGGAGCAAAUGGCUGCUGCACUUGGAACCAAUGAGAGGAAUCCAGAUAGACAGAUAGGGGGAAGAUUAAAUCUCCUCAUUAGUCCCUCUUUAGAAAUAAAUAAGCAUGUGUGGAGCCUGUAGCAGGUGUUUUGUUUUUUCUUGCUCAACAAAGCUAGAAAUUGUUGGGAGAUUCACAUCCAUGAAAACCACAUACAUAGUAGUGGAUAGUCUUCUGAUUCAAAGCAGAGAGAACCUGUUUGCAUUUUAACUAAGCAGCAUCAGAACAUUUAUCAUUUUGAAUAGCCUUAUUACUGGUUUUGUGUUAGAAGUUGUGGAUUAUAUUCUUUAAAAUUAUGACAAGUUAAAUGUAGCCAUAACAUUUAGGCUGGAUUUUGAGAUCCUGAGCAGGGCCCAUCUGACAUAUUUUUAGUAAAUUACAACUUUUAAAUACAGAUUUGUCUAAUUUGAAUCUUACUUUUUAUAUCUAAAAUUUGCUUCAGUGCAGCUAAACCUACUGGUAUAAUCUUAGUCUGACUGAAAGUAUUUUCUGAUCUGGGACUCCUGUCAAAAGAUCAUCAUAGGAACUAGAAAAUGUUGGGAGGUAAAACGAACACAUGACCUCAUCUCUCUUCUUUUGCACUAAACUAUAACGUGCAUUCAAAGAGACUGGAAAAAGAAAAACAGCAUUCCUUUCCAUUAAGCUGUAAUAAGUGUGUUGUUUAGUAUGGCUUUGCUAUUAAUAAUCCCUUUUAGCAGGAAGAAAGGAGGAUUUUGUUUGAAGUAUUUGAAACUAAAUGCUGCCGGGAUAAAGAUUUUACUAGAAAUACAGAGUAGAUACCAGUCCCUACCCUUUGUUAAUUGAUCCUGCUUGUUUAACUGGGGAAAUAAAAAUGUACAUCUACUGAAGAGAAAUUUGUGAGCACAAACUGUUCCUUUCCUGUUUGCAGAUCUAUUUCAUAGGUUGUUUAUCUUAUUUUAAUAUGCAGUAAUACAGGAGACAACAGAAUGCCACUGCUGUUCCUUUAAUAUCAGAGCUCUGCAUGUUACAAUAGGUGUCACUGUUUUGCUUGGUCCAAUCAUGAUUGGUGACUUCAGCUAUUGGCUCCGAGCACUGACUGUCUGACUCCAUCUGCAGGGCUGUAAUACCUACUCUCCUCCCAUCCAUUCACCACACAACUUCAGCCGGCUGAACAGACUCGCACGGCUCCAGCACAUCUUGCUAACCUAAUUCUGAAAACAAGUGCUACAGCUCGCUGCCUGUCAUCUUCGCUCAGUGUAGCAUUUUCAGGUGAUCUAGGAAACUGGGUUAUUUUUAUGAGCAAAUAAGAGAAAUAAGAAUCAUGAUGGAGAUGUAUUUAGCAGACCCAGUACUGGAUAAAACUUAAAGCCAGUUUCUAUUCAACAUAGUGAAAAGGUCACCUUGUCCGGCUGAGAAAAGAAGCAAAAUAGCAGCUUGUUGGUUUCUGUUAACAUCUUGGCUCGUGCCAGCCUCUUUUCCUUGAUGUUCGCACCAAUUUGGGCUACCUAGCUAUAAAGAGAGACAUACUGUACUCAUGGUAGAUGACAAGGAAAAGAACAUGAAAUGUCUCACCUUCUUCUUGAUGCUUCCAGAGACAGUAAAGAAUAGGUCCAAGAAAAGCUCGAAGAAGACAAAUACCAGCAGCAGCAGCGGCGGCAGCAAGUUGCCCCCAGUUUGUUAUGAAAUAAUCACCUUGAAGACUAAAAAGAAGAAGAAGAUGGCUGCUGAUAUAUUCCCGCGUAAAAAACCAGCCAACUCCAGCAGCACCACUGUCCAGCAGUACCACCAGCAGAAUCUCAGUAACAACAACCUUAUUCCGGCCCCAAACUGGCAGGGUCUCUACCCCACCAUUCGAGAAAGAAAUGCAGUGAUGUUCAAUAAUGAUUUGAUGGCAGAUGUACAUUUUGUGGUUGGGCCACCAGGUGGGACUCAGCGGUUGCCAGGACACAAAUAUGUUUUAGCUGUUGGGAGCUCUGUGUUCCAUGCAAUGUUUUACGGAGAACUUGCUGAGGACAAAGAUGAAAUCCGUAUACCAGAUGUCGAACCUGCUGCUUUUCUCGCUAUGCUGAAAUAUAUCUAUUGUGAUGAAAUUGACUUGGCUGCUGACACAGUGUUGGCCACUCUUUAUGCUGCCAAAAAGUACAUCGUCCCUCACCUCGCCCGCGCCUGCGUUAAUUUCCUGGAGACCAGCCUGAGCGCCAAGAAUGCCUGUGUGCUUCUCUCCCAGAGCUGCCUGUUUGAGGAGCCGGACCUGACCCAGCGUUGCUGGGAGGUGAUCGAUGCCCAGGCUGAGUUAGCUCUCAAGUCUGAGGGAUUCUGCGAUAUCGACUUCCAGACUCUAGAAAGUAUCCUCCGCAGGGAAACUCUGAAUGCCAAAGAAAUUGUGGUUUUUGAGGCAGCUCUCAACUGGGCCGAAGUGGAAUGCCAGCGGCAGGAUCUAGCUUUGAGCAUUGAAAAUAAACGCAAGGUCCUCGGAAAGGCACUUUACCUGAUCCGCAUCCCCACGAUGGCCCUGGAUGAUUUUGCAAACGGUGCUGCCCAGUCUGGAGUUUUAACUCUCAAUGAGACCAAUGACAUUUUCCUCUGGUACACUGCAGCCAAGAAGCCCGAGCUGCAGUUUGUGAGUAAAGCCCGCAAGGGCCUCGUCCCCCAGCGCUGUCACCGCUUCCAGUCAUGUGCCUACCGGAGCAACCAGUGGCGCUACCGGGGCCGCUGUGACAGCAUCCAGUUUGCGGUUGAUAAGAGAGUGUUCAUCGCAGGCUUUGGGCUCUACGGCUCCAGCUGUGGCUCUGCAGAGUACAGCGCCAAGAUCGAACUCAAGCGGCAGGGCGUUGUUCUCGGGCAGAACUUGAGCAAGUACUUCUCAGAUGGCUCCAGCAAUACCUUCCCCGUGUGGUUUGAGUACCCAGUGCAGAUUGAGCCAGACACCUUCUACACAGCCAGCGUGGUACUGGAUGGCAAUGAACUCAGCUACUUCGGACAGGAAGGCAUGACGGAAGUCCAGUGUGGCAAGGUGACUGUCCAGUUCCAGUGCUCCUCAGAUAGCACCAAUGGCACUGGGGUGCAGGGUGGGCAGAUCCCGGAACUCAUAUUCUAUGCUUGAAAACCCCUCUCGAAGCGGUGUGAGCUCUGAGGUGCACAUGUGGUUCCCACUCGCUUGAUGCUUAGCUCAUCUGCAGAUACGUGAUCAGCGCAGGUAAUUCGUAAUGAACGAAGCUGUAGGCAGUUUCUGAUUUCUUUCAACCUUUUAAUUAUGUACAGGCAAAAAUGCAGCAUUCAGCUUUUAACUAUAUGCUUAAAAGAGCCAAGUUCUUCUUAAGGCUUUGUGGUUUUUAGAGUUGCGUCUACACACCUGGGGAGAAUUUGUGCUCUUUUCCAGCUGCCCCACUGACCUCCCAGUUGUGUCCCUCUUAAAAUUUUCAGGAUCACCCUGAAUUUCCUUUAGGGCUUUAUUUUGACAAAUAGAAAUAAAUACUCUAAAAUAAUAAUGAUAAGAGUUAUAUUUAAAGAGAACCCCACCCCAAAUUACAGGUAAACCUCAGUGUACAAUUUUGAAAGAAGUUUUGCUUCGUAAGUAAUAAUUUAGAAAGUAGGCAGUAGUUAUGUUUAGCUCCUAUUUCAUUUUAAAUAUUUUACUCUGGGCAUUAUUUUUUCUUAAAUCCUAAAUUCAUGAGAUUGUUAAAUGUUAAACACUGCAAAGUAUCCAUGUAAAAUAGGAAAACAGGAAAUGGGAUGUUUGCUUAGGCCAUGACCUACUACAAGCAGGUUUUUAUUCUUUUAGUUUAGAAGACAAACUAUUGCAGUACAGAUGCUUCUUUUAGAACUAACUAAAUUACACAUUUUUAUUGUCAAUAGGGAAAAAUCGCAGGCCUAUUAAUUUAAACUAAAACAGCUUAUAAAGGAGACCUUAAAAAGUCCCAUUCUACAAAUAGUUUAUUUCAUGGCAUAAUAGAAUAUACCAUUUGAAAAAGCCAGUCUUCUCCCCACUUGCUUCUGAUCCCCACUGUUUGCUUGUGUUUGUAAGUUAUACUGUAUAGAAUUCUUACUCCCUUUUUCCCGUGAAAAGAGGACCAAACAGUUCUUCAGAUAUAUGGAGUAACAGUUUUGUAGCACUACAUGUUAACGUAAUAAGAUACUUUUAUUCAUUGAUUUUUCUUUUUUUCAAUCCAAAAUACACUUUACCUGAUCUACUUUGACCACAUACUACCUUCUUCGUUAAUUAUAAUUCUGUCCUGUUCCUAGACUGCUAGAAUUUGGCCUUUGGCCAUCCUUAAAGUGCCAAUAAAUGCCUGCAGGGUUUUAAAAAAAAAAAAAAAAAGGUCUGGAGCGAUACACUUGAUUGUACCUAAUAUUCACUGCAUCAGCAUCACAUCCAGCCCUCUUAUUUGUACAUGGUUAAUGUAAACAAAGGAGGGAAAAGCUCAUCCCAAAAUUCUCCUUCAGUGAUGGCUUGUGAUGGUUUUGUGCCUGUGACCCUGGUAGUGUCCAAUGUGUUCACUUCCAGUUGAAGUAUCCAUGUGUUUCUGGGCAGCUUUUCUGCUCAGCGCGAUCCUGAGAUGGCUUCCCCCACCACCCAGAGUGUGGUCCCUGGCCGCCUCCUUCUCCUGCUCUGCGAGUCCCAAGCUGGCUUGUUUGGAGCCAGGGGUUAGUCCUGGGGUGGGCGGGUGUGUGCGCGAUGUGGGCGUCCGUGCACGUCCAUGUGCAUGCAAGUGUGUUUGCCGACUCAGGAAUUGUCUCCUCCCUGCCUGGCCAGUAAGAGGUGGGCCAGAAAUGGUCCCCCUGCUGGCCCCAGCAAGGCCCCAGGAAGUGACUACCCUUAUCUUAUUCACUGUGCUUCUGGGCCACCUUUUCCCCCCGUAGAUGUGGGCUUGUUGCUUUUGGCUGGCUUCCCUGGUGGAGGAGAACACUGGAUUAUGGGAAAUGUUUUAAUCAUGUUUGCCAUUACCUAUGUCUGUUAGCGUAGAUAAUCAAAAGCUGUUACUGGUGAUUAUAGAUGAGUACUCCCAGGACAACUUUCCAAAAUUAUCUAACAAUUAUUUCUUAUUAGGAAGAUGACAGUAGUUUUGGCAAAGUAUCUAUGAAAUAAAGGUAUGUUUUCAAUUUAAAAAAUACUUCUCUAAAGGAUUUUGCUUUUAAAUUAUGAUGAAACAUUUCGGUAACUCAUAGCUACCAUGCAAAUUGGUAGGCUGUAUACCUGAUUAGAAGGCACUCAGUUUUAAGCCAGAGGAGAAGAAACUUGAUUUAGCACUAAUGUCAUCAUCUCAGAUUGUUGAGGUGGGUGUGAUAACCUUAGAGUGAAGAUUGUUCAUUCAGUAACGCUCACUAUCAGUGCUCCUGUUAGCAAGAUGCCCUCCACGUGGGUAGGGAACUGCUGGGGGAAAGCAGAGGGAGAUACUGUACACUGGGGGUAUGAGAGCUUGGUUUUAUGCUAAUCACCGUUAGCUAAAAAAGGAAGACACGUCCACCACCCGAUUGGCUGGUAUCGAGAGCCGUGGGUUAAAUUUGAAAAUUGUAUUUAGAAUAAGAAAUUUUGUAUUUUAAAUCCUAUUCUCCCUUUUGCAUUUUCAACAACAUGGAAUGAAAGCUAACGUGCUUGCUUUAUUUCCUUUGGUAAUCUCGAAUUUUGUAGCUUUUAAAACUAGAAACCAUUGUUCUGACAAGGCAGGCAACUCUAGUGUAUAAACACAACUUUAUUAAACAGAAUACUCUGUAGAUGCUUUUCCCAAUAUAUCUGGCAGUCUUUGUCGUUGUUCAUACUGGGGAUAAAGGGGAACUAGGCUAGUGGUUCUAAUGUAACAUUCUUUAAGCAUAUCUUAAUAUAGUAUUUAAGUAAAUGGUCUAAUUUCUACAUAAUUAUUGCACUGAACUGUCUUUUUGUUUUUUAAGGUGUUUAAAUAAGCUCAGCUGAUUCAAGACACUAGCACUUGUGCAUCAGAGUGCUUGAAUUUAGUAGCUUACAGCAUUAUUUAUGAAGGAAAAAUAUAUAAAUAUGAAGUACCUCAUGUUGAAUGUUAUUGUACUGUAUUUUUAAUGUAACAGUGCAGAUCUUGUUAGACACAUGAAUGUGUAUAAUCAUGUUAAAUGCAAAUAAAAGUAAAAUUGGUUCAUAGAUUUGUUUUCCUUAGCAUUUUUGUAGGUCCCUUGAAACAAUAAAAAAUCCAUUCUGGCACUUUUGGUGCCACUGAAUUUCACAGAGAUGGUUUUGCAGGAGCAUUUGUUUGCUUAAGUAUUCAGAUAUCUUUGAUCCCUAAAGAUGUAAAAAUUUGAGGCAAAAGCAUCGAGAACAAUGAAUAUGUUAAUCAAUCGCAUUGUUCGAAGCCUGACUGUGAAGUUAAUGAAAGGGAGUGAAUGGGUGCAUUUAUAUUCCCUAUAUGGAACUCAUGCUUUGCUGGCAUUCUGAUGCUAUAGUCGCUCACAUAUCUGUGGAUCUGGCUGUACUGAGGGGGUGUGGAUGGAUACUGAAUCACAUCUAGCUUUAGAUGUAACCAGUGCUGCUUGUUCCUGCUUUGUUAUAAUAGCUUAAGUCUCUGAAUGAAAAAAAUAAAUGUCCUAUGAGAAUUUUGAAUAUAA